AAAAACUAGUCUAACCAUUAACUAUAUCAAACACAACAAAAUCAAUCAAUUAGUUGAGGAAGUCUCGUACCGUAAUACAUUAGGCACUAUUUUGCAGGUGUAUCUCCAACCUCACCUGCUUCUGCUUCGCCCGAAAUUCUCUCCCUCUGACAGCCUGACUCCGGCGGCGGCUCUCUCUCUCCGACUCCGUCUUCUCUUCUCAUUCUUCAGUUUCUCAGGGAAUAUAAAAGAUUGCAACUUUUGAAGAUGGCUGCAACCUUUGCUUCCAGAUGUUCUCGUGUGGGCCGUUCUCUGUUCGGUGGAUUAAGCAACAGUUCCCCUGGUCUAUUUACCACGUCACAUGAGAUGACAUGCAACAGUUAUUUUUCUCAGCAACAACGAACCUUCAUACAGAUGAGGACUGUUCUGAAGGUUGUGGACAAUUCUGGGGCUAAAAAGGUGAUGUGCAUACGCGCGUUGGCAGGGAAGAAAGGAGCAAGAUUAGGUGAUAUGAUACAAGCAUCAGUGAAGGAAGCACAUCCUAAUGGAAAAGUGAAGAAGGGAGCAGUUGUAUUUGCCGUAGUUGUUCGCGCAGCAAUGCCAAAGGGGAGGUGUGAUGGCAGUGAGGUCAAGUUUGACGACAAUGCUGUCGUGCUUGUUGACAAACAAGGGCAGCCUAUUGGGACCAGAGUUUUCGGACCAGUUCCUCAUGAGUUGAGGCAGAAGAAGCAUGUCAAGAUCCUUACCUUAGCUGGGCAUAUUGCAUAGAUGGAAAGAGUCAUCCUCAAAUUUUAUUGUAGAAUCUAAUGUCACAUCUUACCAUUCAUAUAAUUUGAAUCUUUUGGUAUGAAUUGUAAGGUUAGAUAUGAUCUAUCGAAUCCUGAUUAAACACAGAAAAGGUCCAGAAGAGUUGUACUCAAAUAGUGAGCAGUUUAUUUAGUUUCUAGCCCAACAUUUUUUUAGAGGCAAGACAUUCAUGUGUAUUUCAUACAUAACAGUAUUUCUGAAUGAUUUUUCGUUUUGGUUUCUAC